AAUAUUCAAUUUAGAACCCUAAACCCUAUCGCACAUAUCAUAAACCCGUUAUCAAUAAACCCUAACACAUACCCAAACUUUCAUACCUUAAAUCACUUAUCCUAGAUCUUAAUUCCACUUACUCUAAAUCCUAAACAAUCCAUGUAUACCUUCAUGAUUAAAGAAAAUAUGUGUGUUUUAUCAGCAAAACAAAUAUAUGAUCUAAAAUCAACGGAUGUGUAUGCUGGUGAGGUUGUAAGUAUCUUAUAUCGGCAUUUAUCAACUUUGGAUCAUAACCAAUUUGGGAAAAAUAAAGGAGUGGAAGCAACCUUCCAGGCUAUUAAGAAUGGCAUCCCUGAGAUUGCAACUGAACUUGCAAAAGCUAAUCCAAAUAUAUUGUGGAGCAGUACUGAUCCUGAGGAUUCAAGGAACAUGUUUGCAUAUGCUGUAUUACAUCGCCAAGAGAAAGUGGCACGCUUUCUUUAUGCUCGUGAGAAAAAUGCACAUUUUACCACUGAUGAAGAUGGAAACAAUACCUUACAUCUUGCAGCAAAGUUGGCUCCUCAUUUCCAACUAGAUCACAUCGCCGGUGCAGCUUUGCAGUUGCAAAGUGAAUUACGCUGGUUUAAGUCGGUAGAAGCAAUUGUUCCACGGCAUUUCAACGAAAACAAGAAUAAAGAUGAUGAAACUCCUUCCCAGGUGUUUGCUAGGGAACACAAAAACUUGUUAAAAGAAGCAGAAGAAUGGAUAAAGAAAACUGCAGAAUCUUCUACAGUCGUAGGUGCUCUUAUCAUUACUAUUAUGUUUGCUGCUGCUUUUACUCUUCCUGGUGGGAACGAUCAAAAUACAGGUUUCCCCAUAUUUUUGAACAGAACGGCACCAGUAAAUUCUCUUACGGUUACACCGUUUAGGGUAUUCAUAGUAGCAGAUGCAAUUUCCCUUUUUACUGCAUCUAGUUCAGUGUUAAUGUUUUUGGGGAUUCUCACUUCACGUUACGCUUAUGAAGAUUUUCUCAUAUCCUUGCCGAUGAAGUUGAUUGUUGGUAUUUCUUCACUCUUCAUCUCUAUUGCAACAUUGACAGUAGCAUUUUGUGCUGCUCUUUACGUGACGCUACAAUGUCGAUUGAGGGAAGUCAUUCCAGUAACUGUGCUUGCUGUUAUUCCUAUCAUGUGCUUUCUGUUGUUGCAGUCUCCUCUUCUUGUUGAGAUUAUUUCUUUGACUUUUAGGCGAGACAUCUUUAAAAAAAAUCUGUAAGAGCCCAGUUAGUUGAAUUGCUUGCUGGUUGUAUUCCUAUCAUUCCAUCCUUGGUACAUGCCGUGGACACCAGACUGAAUGUGUAGACUGAUCUAAGAAGGCAGAAAUGGAUGGUCACAGUUGAGUGUUUUUUUCUAUUUUUUUUUUUCCUGCCAUAUGGAGUUAAUUAUACGACUCUAGUCUAUGUAUAUUUUCUAGCUGUAAUAAAUACUUGUUGGAUCG